ACGUAUAGUCUUUAUUUGAUUUCCAACAGAUUUUUCCACAUAGGUCUUGAAAUUUACAAAGGUAGAAAACACCUCAGAUUUUCUUCUUAAUGGAAAGAACCAGCUAUAUCUGGUGUAAUCAUCUACUAACAACAGAUAAUACUGAAAACCAUUCACAGAAGUCACAGGGGCAGGUCCCCAUACAUCACAAUGAAUUAAAGCUAAACUAUGAGGAGUUGAUGACUUAGCAGGAGAAAAUGACAGUUUAUGAUUCUUAGCAAUGGCACAAUCUGAGCAGAAGAAGUCAACGGAGGAUUUACCAUGCAGUGCAAGACGAUUACUAGAGAUUACUUUUCGAAAAAUGGUAGAGGAGGGAUGACCCAAUCGACUGUGCCAAAUCUUCACUGGAGCUUUAAUACUGACGAAUGCUGAUGAAGAAACAGAAGAGAUACCUCUGGAAGGAAAGCUUUGCAAAGGAUAGGAGCCAUCUCUAACUGGUCCCCGCAAAAGCAUCUUCCCCGUAGAACGAUCCUUUACAGAGGAACCAUCAGAAUCAAGGUCAUACACUAGUCCACAUCUUAGGUGCCUUAAACACCCUGACGACCUCAAAGUUUUGAGCAACAUCCAUGAAGAGACGUACGGCAACCAUUUAGGUAAGAUAACACUAGAUCAUAAGGCACUUUCCGCAAGUUAUUACUGGCCAACCAUGCGAGAAGUCGUGAAUGAGUAUGUACAAAAGUGGGAUCUAUGCCGAUGCUACAAGUCGACCCCUAUCUAUGCCGGCAGAGACUCUACCCACAGCGGAGCCCUUGACCCUUCAUGCAAUAGGAAAUCGACUUAGUAGGUCUUAUGCCACCAGCUUCUAGAGGCUAAAAACAUGUUAAUCCAGGCAACUAACUACUUCACUAAAGGAGGGGACAUUCAGAACUUCAUCUGGAAGAACAUAAUUUCUUGCCAAUGAAAGAAAGACAUGUGUAAAUUUAUGUCCAAAUGUCAUCAAUCAUUAGGUACGGUACAGUAGGCCACGUAUCGAUUUACCCGUGAUAUGUAUAUUAUUCUCCUAGCAAAAGAGAGCAACAUGUAUGAAUUGGGUUCACCAUCAUGUAGCAUCUUGUUCAAAUAUAAUGUUGUGCCAUAUGCACAUUUUACCUCACAUAGUAUGAUACUAUUGAAGCUAGACUCCAUGUGAUUGGUGAACCAAUUCUAUAUAGUGUAAUGCUAGAAAAACUAAAUUUGUAGACAAAAUUUGCAAACUAAAUUAUUUGUGACAAAUGUAAAUAAGCACGUUUAUCAACUUCUAAGUAAUAACUCAGUCAUCAACUUCCACGUCAUUUAGUUUUCAAAAUUUUGUCUACAAAUUUAAUCUCCUUAGCAUUAUCCUUCUAUAUAUGUCCUUCCUUCUCCUAUAAUUCAAGACAUCUCUUUCAACUGUAAUAAGUUAUGGAAGCACAAAUACGAAACCAUGAAAGGUAUUGCUUCUAACAGAUAACAAGAAGAAGUGUUUCCUAUUUCAGGCACCUUAGAGCGCUUGCCUAUUUUAAACCUCUCCCAUCUCGACUAAGCGAGGUUUCUUUAUGAAACUAAAACAGCUACAAACAAGAGAGGCCGGUCUAUUGCAUCCGACUUUUUUUUAUUAUUAUUAUUUUUUCAGGAUGGAUUCCUUUUACUCUUGGGAUUGCACACAAGUUGGCAAUCCAUCAGUAUGACCAAGACUACAGUCUAGUAGUGUUAUUAUUAUUCAUUUAUAAGUAAGAGGUCUUAUACUUAACUCAUGUGCAUGAAAAAUUCAAUACCAACAUCUUAUGGCUAGUCUAUUAUGUGACUUAGCUCAAAUUUCACCCUUAAUAUAACUAUAUCGUUGUAGAAAACAAAAAAUAAAAAGGUAAAACAUUAGUACCAACACCACUUGUAAUGCUUAUAUAUGGUAUCUUUUUUAAAGAAAUCCUAAGUGCUUUUAUUGGUUUGUUUCAUUGAAUAUGCAUAGCCAAAAUCUUUAGAAAGACCAGGGAGAUCGCUUGUUAUGGUAUAUCGUUACAAAAGAAGCUAAACCAAAUCUCUAAUUAUGGUAUAGCAUCCCGAAUAAUAAUUACCAUUAAUUCCCUUCUCUUUCCGUACUUCUCCUCCUCCUAAGCUUUUCCAAAUCACUAGUUAUAUAAUUCAGUCCUCUAGUCUAGUCUUAAUAUAAUACUUGAAGUUAAGUUUUGUAUGAGGGUAUAACAGUAUUCAAACAUGUCCUACAAGGGUUUGUUCAAUACCUUUGUUUUGUCAAUUUUUUUGGUGUUAAUCUUCAAUAUUCAACGUGGAGAUUGCAAGGGUGAAGCCAGCUUUGGCUCUUCUACUUUUGUUCAAACAGAAGGAACCCGUUUUGUUAUGAAUGGGAAACCGUUUUACAUAAACGGAUUCAAUGCAUAUUGGAUGAUGUACAUGGCAUCUGAUCCGUCUACGAGGGACAAGGUCACUUCUGCCUUCCAACAAACCUCCAAGUAUGGCAUGAAUGUUGCUAGAACUUGGGGUUUUAGCGAUGGUGGUACGGACAGACCUCUUCAGACUUCUCCUGGUUCCUAUAACGAGGACACUUUUAAGGGUUUAGACUUUGUGAUAUCAGAAGCUAAAAAAUUUGAUGUAUACGUGAUACUGAGCUUUGUGAACAACUACAGCGACUUUGGGGGUAGAAAGCAAUAUGUGCAGUGGGCAAGAGACCGUGGCCAAUCCAUCAGCAGUGACGACGACUUCUAUACCAACGCUGUCGUUAAAGGAUACUAUAAGGAUCAUAUCCAGACUGUGCUCACGAGAACCAACUCGAUAACGAACGUGGCUUACAGAGAUGAUCCAACCAUCUUUGCGUGGGAACUAAUAAAUGAACCUCGUUGUCAAUCUGACGUCUCCGGAGCCCUUGUUGAGCAAUGGGUGAAAGAAAUGGCUGCACACGUUAAGUCCAUUGACAGUCAGCAUUUACUAGAGAUAGGGCUUGAAGGAUUUUACGGACAAACAACGCCGGACAAGAAGCAGUUCAAUCCUGGUAACCAGGAGUAUGGAUCUGAUUUCACUGCCAGCAACUUGCUUCCCCAGAUCGAUUUCGCCACUAUACAUAUCUAUGCUGAGCAAUGGUUAUUGGGGUCAAGCGAAGAGGCUCAAGAUGCUUUUGUAGACAAAUGGGUGCAGGAACACAUUCAAGACUGCAAUACAGUAGUUAAGAAACCACUGAUUUUGGGAGAAUUUGGCAAGUCUUAUAAAUUACCAGGGUACAGCCUAGAAAAGAGGAACUCCUACUUUGCUAAACUAUACAAUGACAUAUACAACAGUGCCAGUACCGGGGGCUCAUGUGUGGGUGGGCUUUUCUGGCAGCUGAUGGCUCAAGGAAUGGAGAAUUUUGGGGAUGGAUACGAAGUCGUUUUGGAGGAGAGCCCUACUACUGCCAAUGUCAUUGAUCAGCAGUCCAGGAAGCUUGGUGGGUUAUAG